UAUUAAUGGACUUAGAUAUAGCUAUCGAGGCAAGAGAGAAAGUACGCAAUCCAACAAUCAAAUUGAAUAAGAAAUUGGCAAUAGCUAUUGGAGUACAGGUAUUUAGUUAUUUAAGGGCCUUACUAAAUCUGAAAAGAAACCAUUUGAUGAAUUAGUCUCAUAAGAACCAACAAAUAAAUUGAUAGCAGUUCAUUUUGGAGUUGGCGAUUAAGAUGAUUAUAAUACCAUCUGCGAUUUCGUUAAACAGUUCGGAUAGAACAAAGUGAUGAUCUACCCUGUAAGAAAUUAUGCAUUUAUUGAAUUCCAAAACAUCCAAUAGAGUUUACAAUUAAUAUAAGUAUGACUUAUCUAACCCUUAGUCUUUACAAAUAUUUGAGAAUAUCAAAUACGCAAAUCUCAAGUAUCCAAAUAAGGAGAGAGCCACCAUGUUUUUUUAUACGAACUAACAAGAAUUGACUGGAGGAGGAAUGUGUGAUAUCCCAAAUGCCAUGAGACAAGUCAAUAUCCCAGGACUGUAUUUGAUACACGAUUUCAUAACACCAGAAUACGAAAAAUACAUUAUGGAUCUAAUAGAUAAACAAGAGUGGUCCAAAUUGAAACAAAGAAGAGUUCAACAUUAUGGCUAUGAGUUCUUAUAUGGAGAUAAUACAGUCAAUGUCAAUUAACCUGCAGAAAAGAAUAUUCCUGCCUUUCUUGAGGAUGUCAGAGCCAAAGUGUCUGAUUUAGUGAAACCCCAGGCUCAAAUAAAUCAACUGACAAUUAAUGAGUACUUGCCAGGCAUGGGUAUUCCACCUCAUUUUGAUGUUCAUCCUCCAUUUCAUGAAAAAUUUGUUUCUAUUAGUUUGCUUAGUGGCUUAGUAAUGUCCUUUAAAUCCUACAACGGAGAAGAACAACAUUUAUAUCUUCCUCCAAGAUCUUGUGCUUUGUUUACUGGAGAAGUUAGAUUUGCUUGGUUCCACUCCAUUGCCUCUAGGAAAAUCGAUAAAGUUGAAGGCGAAACCCACUUUAGAUCAAGAAGAUUAAGUUUGACUUUUAGAACAAUCAGAAAUGACCUGAAAUGCGAUUGUUAAUAUCAAUUCUUUUGUGAAUCUUAGGGAUACAAUCCGUAGACAAUGAAGAACAAAAAUCCUUUGUUACAAGAAUAUUUAGCAAAGUAGAAUUAAAAUGGAAUUGUGUAGGACAAUAAGGUUGUUCCCAAUAAAACUUAAGAAGAAAUCUAAUUACUUGAAGAACAACAAUAACAAUUAUUACAAAUACCCAAAGCUACAGAAGUAGAAAAGAAAUAUGUCUAUGAAAUUUAUGAGAAAAUUGCACCUCAUUUCAGUUCAACUCGUUAUAAGCCAUGGCCCAAAAUAGAACAAUUCCUCAAAUCCUUAGAACCUGGAUCUCUUGUUGCUGAUGUUGGGUGUGGAAAUGGCAAAUAUCUAGGCUCAAAUCCAGAUAUUUCAAUGAUUGGUACAGAUAGGAGUGAAAAUCUAUUGAAAAUAUGUAAAGAGAAAUCUGAAGCUUAUUAAGUGUUUAGUGCUGAUUCUCUGAGAUUACCCCUCAAAUCUGAAAUGUUUGAUGCAGUAAUCUCAAUUGCAGUCAUUCAUCAUUUCUCAAAUAAGUAAUAAUCCUCAUUUACCUGUAUAGAAUUCUUAGAUAAUAAGCAAUCAGAGAGUUGUUAAGGAUUUGCAAAUCCUAAGGAUUAAUAUUAAUAUAUGUUUGGGCUAUGGAACAAGAGGAGAAGACCUUUAAUGAACAGGAUGUCUUCGUGCCUUGGAAUUUGUAAUUUAAAUAUGAGGAUGAGAAAGUCAUAAAUUAGGAAGGUAUCGCAGUCAUUUAUUAUUGCUAGUGUAAUAACAAUUCAAAAUUGACGAUCAAAAGAAAACUGUUGUGUAUAAACGAUAUUAUCAUGUGUUUAAAUAAGGCGAAAUAGAGGAACUAUUGUCAGAUAUGCCUGGCUUUAAGAUAGUAAAUAAUUAUUAUGACCAUGCUAAUUGGGUAGUUGUGUUAUAAAAAGAUUGA